AUGGCCACACCCAACGCACCAAACCAGCCCGACAAGCGGCGCAUCUUCCUCAACGCCUUUGACAUGUUCACAGUAGGCCACAUGUCCUACGGCCAGUGGCACAACCCAAAGGACAAGUCCGCCACGAAGCGCCGCGACCUGUCGUACUGGACGGACCUCGCCCGGCUUCUGGAGGGGGGCGACUUCAACGCGCUCUUCCUGGCCGACACGUACGGCUGGUUCGACGUCUUCCGGGGCCACGCCGAGGCGUGCGUGCGCACGGGGACGCAGUCCCCCAUGGGAGAUCCUGCGGUGCCCGUGGCGGCCAUGGCGGCGGUGACGAGGAACCUGGGCUUCGCGAUCACGAGCUCGACGUCCUUUGACGCGCCGUAUGUGCUGGCCAAGCGCUUCUCCACGCUCGAUCACCUAUUUGACAGAGGCAAAGACAUAUACGCCAACUACCAGAAGAUACGUACGAUACACCACAAGGGUGAGCACUUCACCAUCGAGGCGCCGCAUAUCCUUGAUCCCAGCCCGCAGCGGACGCCGUUCAUCUUCCAAGCCGGCACAUCACCCGCCGGUAUCCAGUUUGGAGCCACGCACGCCGAGGGGAUCUUCGUCGUCGGCCUGACGCCAGACAUCGUCGCGCCGCGCGUCAGAGCUAUCCGCGCCAAGGCAGCCGAGGUGGGCCGCGACCCGCGCUCCAUCAAGAUCUUCGCCUCGAUCACGCCUGUGCUGGGCCGCACGCCCGAGGAGGCCGAGUAUAAAUACCAGGAGGCGCUCCAGCAUUCAAGCGAGGAGGGCGCACUCGCGUACUGGUGCGGGAACAGCGGCAUCGACCUCAGCAGGUUCGACCCGGACGAUGUUAUCACCGAGCAGACUCCCGGCGAGGGCGGCUCCGUCGCGGACGUGCGGAUCCAGUCGCUGGUGGCGAAUCUUUCGUACAAGGGCGAGGGCGUGCCUGAGUGA